AUGGGAGGUUCUAAGCCACCAGGAUUUGUAAUCGGUUUAGCGUCACCGGAACACGUGACUGGGCAUGUCGAUUUUAUUGAUGAACUCUUUGUUCGGCAGGCUGGGACUCUUCGUCUAACAAGGAUGCUUUUACGGCAGUGUGACGUUAGCGCAAGCUGGACUCUUAGUCUACAGCUUAGCAAAAGCUGGACUCUUAGUCUACAACUUUUCCGAUUAAAUUUUUCCGACGUACAAAAAAAAAAUAAAAACGUGGCAAACAAUGAAAAUAUUGGCAUUUUAUUUAUUUAA